AUGAUAUGCGAUGUGGAAGCGGGAUGGGGUGGGCCGGAGUUACGGACUGAAGAACAUUUCCAUCGACUUCUCAUAUCUCUCGGCUAUGCGGCCCAACGCAUGCCUCGUUUGAAGAACAUGAAGAUUGAAGUGGAAAGCGUUUAUAACUUUACCUUCUAUCUUCAGCAGAAGGCCGACCAGAUUACCCUGGAAUGGGAAUGUCAUUCCCCAUAUUGGCCAGAUAGUCGGAUGGCAAAGGCGUGGAACUUUGACCUGGAUGAUGUGAAAAGUGGUUCCAAAUACGAGAAAUAA